UUCACUUUCACUGAUGGGAUAAUGUCUGUUGUGGUAAAAUUUAUUCCAUUAACCAUCCUAUUGACAACUGUUUUCAGUGCAAUUGAUGUCAAACUGAAUCAACCAGUUUUGGUAAACAUUAAAGGACAGAGCAAUAAUUCUGUAACUUUGGGGAAUGUGAGUGCAGACAUUAGUUAUGUAACAUGUCAAGUUCAUUCCCAAAUCAAAAAUGUCACCCUGUCUUCCACUCCUACACCAAGGGUGGGGAAGUCUUUGACUGGGGUAGACAUUGGAAUUGUCUCUGUUCUGCAACCCACUCAGACAGGAGUGACUUGGUACCUUCUGUCUAACCAUAGCGAAGAUGUGCAAGUUCUUCUGGCAGUUUUCUUGAUGUCAAAAAAUGAGCCCCUAGUUGGUGGUUGUAAUCUAGAGUUUUCCUUGGAGGUUGAUGCCAAUCUUCAUGUCUCUUACACCACCACCAAGAAUCUAGUAGAAUUCCAGUGGUCCAACAUCCCUCUGAGGAAUAGAUCUGCCCAGCCUGAUUGUGAAGAUAGAUCUUUCCAGGAUAUGUUAGAAUACAACAUCUAUGUCAAAUACCUAUCUGAGAAUGAUUUUACGACAGGGGAGUACUUUUCAACAUUGAAACAAAUGAUGACAGCUGAAGAUGUUUUGGCUAAUGGUGUCCUGCUUGCUAAAACAAAAAAUAAAGCCACUGUACAAAAACCAGAAUUUCUGGCCUCAUCAUACACAGGAACAGGGGCAGUGUAUAAUAUGAUUGUCAAGGCAACGACCCCAUCAGGUGUUACCAUGGCAGCAUAUUUCCCUAAGGUCACAUACAGCUGUAAUUUACAACAAAGGGAUGGCUGUAAAAUGUAUGGUGUAUUCUGGAUGAUAACUGCAGUUCUACUGGGGAUAGCUGGAGUCUUCCUAACUUUUCUGGGACACAGAUUAUUUAGAACCGGUAACUUUUUUUGUGCCUUCCUGGGAUUUUGCAUCAUUUUCUACAGUGUACAGUGUCUAUAUUCCAGCCAAAGUGAUACAGUUGUGCUUGUCGUUAUGGUCAUUCUGAGUGUAGUAUGUGCUGUCUUCUGGGUGGGGAUGUACGAGCUUGUGGGGGCACCUGCUCUCUCGGUUCUAUUUUCUGGACUGGUAGCAGGAUACAUCAUCUCCAGCAUUGUCUUCUACACAAAGUUUGGUAAUCUGUCGUACUGGGACAGUUCCUUUAAUUAUGGUAUGGCUUUCACCUGCGGAGUCCUGGCUAUUCCUGUCUUUAUUCUGGCUUACACUAAAGUGCUGAACAUUUUAUCGUGUGCAUUCAUUGGAUCCUAUCUAAUUAUUUUGGUUCCCGAUAUCUUCCUCCACACUGGAAUGAAGUACAUCGUUGUCAACUCUAUCAGACACUCCACAGAUUUUGAUUACAUUAAUGUCAUUAACACUGGACCCUUUCUCUUGCCAGAGAUAAUCCUAAGCUGUGCCUGGUUUUUGUUCUGUGUCUUUGGAGCGUUCGUGCAGUUUUAUCGUGACUGGAACAAGCCAGACUUUCCACAAAGUUCCAGAAGAUGUGGGAAAAAAGUCCAACCAGAAUAUAACCAGGUACCAGCCCGGUACAAUGUGGAUUCGGAGGGGGAUUCUGACAGGGAACCUGAUGAGCGGUCACCCCUCCUCAGACAGACAAGGAAUAUCCGACACCACAGAGAGAGGGUUUUAGCAGCCCCCACAUAAGUGUACUGGCAUGAUGAAGGGAGACAACUCCUCACUAUUCCUAUUUUUGUCUCAAUCGACAUGUUGUUUGUCAGUCUGCAUUUGCUAUAGUAAUGCAUUAACAUGUACUGAUGUAAGCUUCUUAUAUAAAUGUUAAUAUUAUGCUCUGCUAUAAUCAAAAAGAAAACUGAUCUGAGAGACAAUACAAUCAAAAAUACGUGUAAAUUAAUUUGAUUUGAUAAUUACAAGUAUUCUCUAAAAUCUUGUCAAAAUAGGAAAUUUGUUAUUUUAAAGCACAUACAUGUACAAGAGAAAAAGGAAAAUAAGAGUUUCCUGAAAAAAAAAAAAUGGGCUCAACGUCACCUCUCAGCGUCUUCUAGAUAUAAUUUUUGUAAAUAAUCUAAUAUAUAUAAUAUUUAUUAUCAAAUGAAGAGUUAAGGAGGCUGGGGGUCAACAAAUUAACCAUCAGAUAUAACUUAAUUUUUUAGAUAUGAUAUCUUAAGCUGUCAACUGUCAUUUGGCAAAGAAAAAUUUCAUACAUUUAAGUUUUAAAAUUUCAUCAUUUUUGUAUAUUUUUAUAUGGAGCUCUUCUUCUAAAGGAGAUCAAUAUAGUCUGAAAAUGACCACAACCACCCAGCCCUCUAACAAACAUUCUUAGAGUUUUGCAUAAGCAAUACAAGUGUAAAUUAAAUUAAAACUUGAAAAUUAAAAAGGCCACAAUUCCAUUAAAAAGUCAUUGAAGCUAAAUGAAAUGCUAAUUGGGUCUUCAACUCAUCAAGGGACACUCACAUACCAAAAAUCAGCUCGAUAUUUGCAAGAAAAAAAGUUUUGAAAACCAAGGGAAACAGACAUGGAUGGACAGACAGACGGACAGACGAGGAGGAAACCUAUAGCCCCCUCCAAUUUCACCAGUAGGGGGACUAAUAAGGAGAUUACUAGUACACAAAAAUGAGAGUUGAGUCACUAUGAUAAAACACAUUCACAUGUUGUAGACAGGCAAGGAGUGAUUCUUAGUCACUGUUAGAAAUGCUCAAACAUACUUAAUAUACACAAUCAUGACACUAGGGACUUAUGUUCCUUCAUUUCUGUGAUAUGUACCAGUAGGUUUGCUGUCAACCAAUACUCAGUACAAUAGAAAGAAUAUUUAUUGUAUUUGUUUAUUUUUUUAACAUGAUUGUAAUAUUGAAUUUAAUGGAAU